AUGUACCACGAAGAUGAGACAAUAAUGAGAGAGGCCCAGCUUCGGAAUUCAAUGAACACCGUGCGGCAUUCUGCAGAACUCCUUCACCCAGCCCGCCCGGAAGAUGACCAUGGUACCUCAAAGGAAACUCGCCUGGCAAGAGUCGGCCCGCUAGGUCCAGGCAACCCGGUUUACCCCACCAUCGCUGCUCUUCCCGAUGCGCAUACUGGCGGGGUGAUCGAUUUCUCCCGAAAGCACCCUUCGCCUAUAGAGAUCGCUAUCACAGAAAGUUGCACUGAGACCUUGCUGGGUUCCCUUGCAACGAGGAAAUCGACUGAAACUGCAGUAACCAACACUUUUCUUCGACGAGCUGCGAUCGCUCAGAAGAUGAUGAGUAACGCUGGAGGUUGUGCGCGACCAAAUCCCUCGAAGUUCGAGUUCUAA